AAGAUGGCGGCGCUCAGGGCGGCGGUGCUGGUGCUGCUGGGGCUGCGCCUGGGUUUCGCGGCUACCGCCGUCCCCCUGGUUAUCUGGCACGGCAUGGGAGACAGUUGCUGCAAUCCACAAAGCAUGGGCUACAUUAAGAAAAUCGUGGAGAAUAAAAUACCAGGGAUUUAUGUUCUGUCACUCAAGAUUGGAAGCAACCUGAUACAGGAUAUGGAGAACAGCUUCUUUAUGAAUGUGAAUGAUCAAGUGACAGAGGUGUGCAGCCAACUUGCAAAGGACCCUCACCUGAAAGGAGGCUACAACGCAAUGGGCUUCUCCCAAGGAGGCCAGUUCCUGAGGGCGGUGGCCCAGAGGUGUCCUUCUCCUCCCAUGCUCAAUUUGAUCUCAGUUGGGGGACAGCACCAAGGCGUGUACGGCUUUCCACGCUGUCCUGGCGAGAGCUCCCAUAUCUGUGACUGGAUCCGAAAGACGCUGGAUCUGGGCGCCUACACACAAGCUGUUCAAGAGCACUUGGUACAAGCAGAAUAUUGGCACAACCCUCUGAAGGAGGAGGACUACAGGAAAAACAGCAUCUUUUUGGCUGACAUAAAUCAGGAGAGAGGCAUCAAUGAGACAUACAAGAAAAACCUGAUGGCUCUGAAAAAGUUUGUGAUGGUGAAAUUUCUCAAUGAUACCAUGGUUGACCCUCCGAUCUCUGAGUGGUUUGGGUUUUACAAAAGCGGCCAAGCCAAGGAGACCAUUCCACUGAAGGAGACCUCGCUGUACACAGAGGAUCGCCUGGGGCUGCAGGAGAUGGACAAAGCAGGAAAGCUGGUGUUCCUGGGGGUGAAAGGGGAUCACCUGCACUUCUCAGAAGAGUGGUUUUACACCACUAUCCUCCCCUUCCUCCAGUGAAGCUAAGGGGAGGCACCCUGUGAGAGCACUGGGGAGGGUCUACCACUGUAGUUAAAGCAGCUGCUACUGUGCAACAGCACUUUCUGCGUACAAGACUGGGGGGAUCUCGGGAAGGGGAAGAAGAGGGGGUUUAGCUCAGCAGUUCCACAGUGUGGCACCUGCUACACUGCAGUAAGAGACCGGGAUUUGUCUGGAUGUAAUAACACUUCAAUAUAGGUGGACUGAGCCUUGUACUAAUUGUGAAGCACUCCACCGUGCACAGGCCUUGGUAAGUCUACUUCAGUUCUCAGAGCUGCAGCUGUGCUUGUCACUUGGUGAUGGCAAAAUAAUUAGCUGCUUGAGAGGCUUGUGUUCCCUGUUACCUGUUCCUUGCAGGAUGCAAUGGCAGUAUUAACCAAAAUCACUAGUUUAAGAAUGCUGCAUCUUUUAAGGGGAUCAGCAAGUAGACUUACAUGGCUGUAUGCAAAAGAAAGAUAUUACAACCUCUCCUUCAAGAUGGGGAAAAGGGCCAAAUUUAGGGGUUUCUGGGAAAAAGGAGGGUUUUGAAUUAAGUGGGUAUUAACAGCUUGAAGAGUUUUCAACUAAUGGCUUGUUUUAUGCACUUUUGUACAGCAACUGAAAUCA